AUGAAACUGUUAGGCUUGACCUAUGGUUUGACUCAAGCCAAAUCGACUGAGUCUGGAAUCGAACGAAUGGUUGACGCAAGAAGAUACGACCAAUUCGAAGGAAUGGCAAAAGUUUUCGAUGGGUCUUUUGACAAACGAGUCAUUACGAGAUACGGCUGCAACUGCCCCCACAUUGGCGAUCGACCACUGUCUGAUCCCGGAAAAGGAGCUCCAGUUGAUCCUCUUGAUCGUGUUUGCCUCUCAUUCAAGCAAUGCACAAAAUGCGCGAAAGAGCGAUUCGGCGAAGAGUGCAUUUCCGAAUUCCAGCGAUAUUCUUACUCCGAGUUCAAAAACGGCUACUUUAACGACAUUCAAUGCAACGACGAUCGCGGUAGCUGUCAUCGAGCGUUGUGCGAAUGCGACAGAAUGUUUGCACAGACCCUUUCGUUGGUUGAUAAAUCUACAAUUGAUACUGGAACUUUUGGUUUUGAAUCGGACUUUGACGCUGAUGCCAUGUGCAGAUGGGGCGGAGGUUCGCCAAAAUUAGAAUGCUGCUGGGGUGGGGACACGCCUUUCGCUCUUUAUGCUCCAGAAUACAGACAAUGCUGCGAGGACGGAUCUACCAAGCCUUUCAGUCAGCCCUGCAAAGCGUCAGUUUACUAG